CUGUUUUCCGGUACCCAGGUAGAGGGCGCCGGAGGGGGGAGGGGCAGCCUUGGGUGAGCCGCUUGUGACGUCACGACUUCAGUGGGUAUAUAAGGGAGAGCCUGAGCCAGCAGCAAUCAGUUGGACCCGAGUAAUCGUACUUGACACACCGCCGGAAUGAGACAGCUUGUCGUGUUGGUGACGCUCGCCGGCGUGGCCCUGGCUUUGCCCCAGGGAGCCCGCCAUGGCACAGACAACACCUUCACCAAGAUUCUCUCGUUUGAGUCGUACCAGGACGGCCACAACUUCGGCCACGAGCUGCUGCAAGAAGACGGCACCACGGCGGGCCAGAAGUUCGGUCCUGACGGCCUCCUCUACGGCUUCUACUCCUACAUCCAGCAGGACGGCAACAGAGUCAAGGUGCUGUGGAGGGCCGGACCGGGCGUGGGAUACGAGGUCAUCGGCGUAGAGGGCCUGGACAAGGACAACCUCGGCAACCUCAGGGCCACCGUCAACACCGACCCCCAGUACCAGCCUGCCCCCCAGCCCGUCCACCGCCCACGCCCCGUCGUCACCCAGGCCCCGGUGGUUCCCCAUCACCCCCCAGUGCACCGCGCCCAGCACCGCGCCCCAGUUCACACCCAGGUCGCCCCCCAGCAGCGGUUCAUCCCCACCGCCGCCCCCAUCCUGACCCCCGAGCCCAACCCACACAGAUUUGACUACCCCGCCGUCCUCAACUUGGAGAGAACCGGUUCCGGCUUCGUGUCCUCCCUCCAGGCUGUCUAGAGAGAGUGUAGCUCAAUAGGACAUUCCCAGGACAUCUCCCUCCCCCACAGACUUCCCCCUUGACGUACUCCCCCUCGACAUUUUCUCCCUCGGACAUUUGACAUUUUCUAGGCCCGGGCUUCCAUGGGCUCGUCCGUGUCUGUGUCCGUUCCUAUCCGUCCGUGGUAUGUUAGUCCUUUCGAGUCUCGCUUUAACUAUUGCCUAAGGCCGAGAAAGAGAUUUAUUGGGUCCUCAUGCGUGUUUCUUUAGGUUCAUGGUACAGAAGAAGGCUCGAAGUACCACCAGGGUCAUAAAACUAUCCCUGGAAAUGACCACAAUGCUCGCGAAAGCCUUGUUAAAUAUGUGUUUCUUUAGGCUCAUGGUUCAGGAAAAGGGUCAAACUACUAUCAGGGUCAUAAAACUAUCUCUGGGAAGUGGUGCCGUCCCUGCCCUUAAGUUCAUAUGACUGAACUUCUGAGUCAGGCGAUGUCAAGGGGAGAUUAAACGUUAGAAUUCAUUACCGCUGCAGCCAUAGUCGUUAUUAAAGGACCCCUCUCGGCCGCCUCCCACGGGUUAAAUUCUUAGCCACGGACACAGCUAACGGACCACGGACCCAACGGACGCUCGGGCUGCCCCCCUCCUCGCUUGUACAGUCCUUUGUAAAAUUGUUACUUUAUAAGCUCUCUUUAUUUUCUGUGCCUUCCUUUGUAUUAUUGUAAUUAAAAAGUACAUAUAAAACAGUCCACACUUUUAAA